GCGUCGCCUCGCCACCAGACGCGGGUGACGCGCAGAGUCUUUGAGCCAAGCGUCGAGCGGCAGCCUGAGCGUGCGCGGGACUGGCAGUAGCGAGCAGCGAGCAGCGGCCAGCAUGGCUGGCAACCCCGUAGACCCCCUACAGACCCUCAGCGCAGCCCUCGCCGUCCCAGCAGACUCUAAGGAGCAGGCCGACCUCCUCGCAACGCUGCGUGAGUCCCUCGAGGCCCACCCCGGCCCCAUACCUAUCCUAUGUACCACCCUCAUCAAGACCGUGUCCGGCGCGGGAGACUCGCUGCUGAAGCGCUGGGUUAUUGACCUCCUACACUUUGCGAUAUGCCGGUCGAGUCUGUCUAUCGACGCGCGCACUCAGCUUGCGUCGCAGUCGGUCGAAACGCUAGCCGCACUUCUCCACGACGCCAAUCCGACUACUGUGAAAGUGAGCGUGCAAUGCUUUGCGACGGUGUAUCCGUUGUUGUUCAGGUUGCUAUGUGUCAACCGGAACGCUCGGGAUCUGUGGCAAGUAUUGUCACAGGCGAAAACCCGUAUACUCGAGUACGUCUGGUCGCCAGCCGUCAGCAAUGGCAUCAAGUUCGCUGCAAUCAAAUUCAUGCAGAGGGCGAUCCUUGUACAGACCCGUGGCAUCAGUGACCCACGAUUGCAAAAGCAGAAUGACCCGAACCUUGCCAUGCUGCCCUCGGACCACCCUUUCAUGUCCGUGACUGCACUGGAGGCCGAGGGUGUCGAACUCAUGAAGGGUGUCUUCACGAUUCUUUAUACUAGCAAUAACCCCGAUAUCAUUGUGGCAGUCAUCAAUAGCUGGGCUUCCCUCAUCAAGGCCCGACCAGCCCUCACUGAGGUCCUGGUCUCCACUCUCGCACAAUGGACACCUGCCAAACUCGAGGGCCUACCCACCUUCAGCAUCAAAAGCGUCGAAAAGACCAUCCGCAUCCUCCUGAUCCACAUAUCUCGAACCCCUCAAGGAUCCUCAUUACAGCCGCAGAUUCACUCUGCACUCGCCGCCCAAGCCACUCGUCUGGAGCAGGCCACCAUUGCGGAGAAACAGCGCAAAGCCGCAGCAGCCGCCGAAGCCUCCCGCAAGCGCUCCCCAUCCUCCACCCCCUCUCAGGACGCGCCCGAAGCGAAGCGUCCCAAGCUAGAUCACGACACCGCCGCGGCAGCAGGCUCGGCGGGCUUCGACUUCACGAGCCUGCCGGUUGCGCUCGUUACCGACCUCGUCGUCGCGAACAUCCAGGCAUUCUCGGAGGCGACCCUGAUCGGGCUCGUACAGGCAUACCGCCAUAAGCGGACGCAGGUUGCGACUGAGACCGCGGCGAACGUUGCGGUAGAAAGCUCCCAGGCUCCACCGGAGACACCAGGUCCUGUGGAAGAGACGACGGCUGAGCCACCUGUUCGACAAAAAUCACCAACACCACCGCCGGUUGCUGUCAAAGAAGAGCCGGUGGACCCUCUCAAGAUGGACAUUGACGAGGAGGAGAUGGAGUACGAGCCAGACAGACUCAACCUCGAGCUCUCGGGUGGUGAGCAAGAAGUAGCGUCCCCAGAAGAAGCCGCGCUCGACCGCGAAAUGGACCUCGCGGAAGACCUACCUCCGACCGAGUUCCGCCUCCCGCCAGCGCGCGACUUCUCAGAGGAGGACCGGAGCGCCGUCGUAAAGAGUGCACUCGCGCGAAUAUCCGAGGGUGCGAAGGACCUCGCGCCGAUGGACGUCGAUGUCGCGGCGGAGGGCACCGACAUGUGGAUGCUGCUGAUCGUGCGGCUGGUCACGAGGGUGACAGACCCCGCGCCGCAGGGCGAGGGUGGCACGCCGGAGAAGGCGGAGGACGCCAUGGACGUGGUUUCUGAGUUUUAUGCACAUCAGGAUCGGCUGAGGCAAACGCUGUGCGACUAUAUCAUGGCGGACUUCUCUGGACGGUUGCGACUCGCGACGACUUGGAUGAACGAAGAGUGGUACAAUGAUCGAAUACAAGAGGGCAGAGAUCGGAGUUGGCCUCCGAAUUACGAAACCUGGUUAAAUCAGAUUGUCGCUGCCUAUCAGACACAUCUGGAUGGCAAGGAUCGGACAUUUUCACGCUUCUUACUUGACCUUCCUCAUGUUCCUCCUGACGUAUUGCACCUCAUGCGGGACUCAUGUACUGAGGCUGAUCGCCGGCAGAUGGGAUUCGCUGCAUUGCGAGAGUUCGUGACGCAGCGACCAUCACUGCGCGCGGAGGCCAUGACCAUCCUGCUUGAGCUCACUACCCAUCCUGACAAGAUUACCCGUGGAGCAGCGAUCAACACAGUCAAACGAUGGAUUCCAGACGUGCAGCCCAUGGACAGUAUGAUCCGCGAGUUCGCCCUACAACUGCUCCGGCGCUUGCAAUCGCGACCAAAGCGGGAUAAGUCCGAAGACGUUCCUAUGAACGGUACACACGACGAGCACAUGGAAGAUGGCCAGCUGCCGCCCGAAGACAUCAUUCAGACGCCUUAUCUUCCGGAGGAGUUGGAGUUUCCCGCAAACAACGCGCAAAUUCUACAGCACCUAGAGCUACUGUUUGCACUGUCGACGAAAGUGCCAGAGUUUCUCGACGAGAUCUUCGCAGCCUAUGGUGGUAUGGAAGAGACGGUGCAAGAGACCAUUCAACAGCUCAUCACACCGCUCAUUCGCGCGCUUGGCUCGAGCCAUGGCAGGUUGCUGACGUUGCUGCGGACAUUCCCUCCGGGUGCGGAGUCGCUCGGCCUGCGCGUUCUGACGAUAUUCACGGAGAGUGGACGGCCGAGCUCACAGCUCGUCAGUCUUGUCAAGUCAUUGGUCAGCGAGCGCGACCUCGACCCGCGGUUCCUCGUUCCUAUCAUUGCUGAGAUGGACAAGGGGGACAUUCACCGACACUUGCCUCGCAUCGUCUCAGUAUUGAACGGGCAACCUGAGCCGAAGAAUGUGGUCCGCGCAGUCUUCGGCUCAGUGGUCCAGACGCCCCCACAGACGUUUGGCACUGUGUCGUCCAACCUACCCCGAGUGCAGCAGAGUGAACGUCUCAGUCCAGCUGAACUAAUGGUCCUCCUGCACCAGUCAGAGAAGGAGAUCGGCCUCAAGAGCGCUAUCGAAGCUAUCAAUAUCUGCUUUUCGAUGACGGACGUUUUCCGCUCAGAGGUCCUUGGGGCAUUCAUGAACCAGAUAGUCGACGAGCCCGUCCUCCCCACGCUCUUCCUGCGAACCGUCAUACAAGCUGUGACAACCUACCGCUCGCUCGUCAGCUUCGUCUCCACCACUCUCCUCUCCCGCCUCAUCACCAAGAAGAUCUGGACGAACGGGCCGCUCUGGGAGGGCUUCAUCCGCUGCGCGAAGCUGAUCGCACCUGCGAGUUUUGGCGCGCUCCUACAGCUACCCAAGGACCAGCUCCGCGAGCUCGUGGACAAGCAGCCCAGCCUCAAGGCAGGCCUCCGCGAGUACGUCGUGAAGAAGGCCGGGAACCGCGCACGGACGGCUGGGUAUCUGGAUAUUUUUGGAGAGGACGGACAGGGCCCAGGGCAGGGCAUGGCGGCGGCGGCGCCGCCAGCAGUAGAUGGGCCGGGAGCGGAGCCGGGGAUGCAAGUGCCUGUGGCCCCGCAGAGCCCGGUGACGCCGACGUGAAGCGGUGUUACUGCAUGGACUGCUUGUAGGUGUGUUACAUGGUUGUUGUACGCUUCAUCUCCAUCUGCAUCGUACAUACUGCAUCACUGAUUCUCGAAAUGCGCAUUGUCUGAUCUGACGGCUAUAUGCGGCGUAAUCGUAUGUAUUGCUGCUGUCCCAUGCAUAGUCAACUUCGUUUGAGUCUGCAUCGUGACUACAAGAGCUCUACGGGCGCAGCACCUUCCAAAUCGCUGUCAUGGAUGCCCGUCGACAUUACAGUAAUCCUACAUAUAUCGCGGGUCGUGUAUCGUCGUAUGUAGCCACAGGCGCCCUGGCAACUUGGAGGUAUUACUCAAGUAUUACUUCGAUUUGGAAAGCGUC